GUUAGAGAGAAAAAAACCUGCCUUUCCAGCAUAAAGAUUAACAGAAGAGGAGAGAGUGCUUUUCUUCUUUCAUUUCCAGCCAUACAUAUACACCAAUAACCCCAUUAUUAAUGGGUAUUAUUUAGGUUUCUUUAUUUUGUUUAUAUUUAGACAGAUGGGGGUAUAUAAAAUAGGGAAGAAAAAAAAGACAGAGAAGAAAGAGUAUCAGUACCGAGUCCUGACAUAGUCAAUACCAGUUCUUUGUUUGUUUUCUUCCAUUUUACUGCUUACAUUCCGCAAAUUUUGUCUCUGGAUUUAGGGUGGGUUCUUGUUUUUUUUCAUUAUUAUUUGCUGAUUUGAGGCUUCUUGGAUGAGUUCCUGAAAGCAUUUGCAAAGAUGGGUUCUUGAGUUCAUUUUGGUGGUUCAGGUAACAAACCCUUUUCUUCUCUUUCUUAUUUUUUUUUGAAUAGUGGGUUAUAAAAAUGAGGGAUUUUCCUUCAUGUUUUGGCGAAAAUGGAGUACAAGUUGCAGAUUCAUCAUCAUCUAGUACUAGCGCUAAAACUGCACAAAAUUCAGUGACAUGUGUUUAUCAAAGUAGAUUAAGAGGGAAAUCUUGUUUGAUUACUGUAACAUGGAGUAAGAACUUGAUGGGUCAAGGUCUAAGUGUAGGGAUUGAUGAUUCAACUAGUCAGUGUCUGUGUAAAGUUGAUAUUAAACCUUCUUUGUUCUCUAAGAAAAAAGGGUCUAAAUCUUUAGAAGCAGAUUCAAGUAAAGUUGAUAUCUAUUGGGAUCUCUCUUCAGCUAAGUUUGGAUCUGGUCCAGAACCACUGCAAGGAUUCUUCUUAGCUAUUGUUUUUGAUAAUGAUAUGAUUCUUUUACUUGGGGAUUUGAGAAAAGAAGCAUACAAGAAAACAAACACAUCUCCUGUUCAUUCAAGUGCAAUUUUAGUUUCAAAGAGGGAGAAUAUUUUUGGUAAAAGGGGGUUUGGAACUAAGGCUCAGUUCUGUGAUAAUGGUCCACUCCAUGAUGUUACAAUUGAGUGUGAUAUGGUGGGAACUAGUGAUCCUAGCCUUGUUAUCCGUGUAGACAGUAAAACCGCGAUGCAAGUGAAGCGACUCAAAUGGAAGUUUCGGGGAAAUUAUAGAAUUACGAUUGAUGGGCUUUCAGUUGACGUGUUUUGGGAUGUUCAUAAUUGGCUAUUUAGUACAACACCAGGAAAUGCAGUUUUUAUGUUUCAGAGUUGCUUAUCAGCCGAAAAGUUAUGGAAUUCUAGCUAUAGCUCAUCAAACCUAAAUAUAUUUCCUUGGUCAGAUGGCUCACAUAUAUUCAAAGAUUCUCAACCUCAAGGUCUUGGUUUCUCACUGAUUUUGUAUGCUUGGAAGAAUGAGUAAAGGUCAAUUCUGCCACUUUUAAGUUAACACAUACAUUGUAGUGAAGGCCUAUAAUUGUUAACAAUGUGCUUAAAUUGCGUUAUAUAAUGUGUUUUGAAGUUGGUUCAUUCUCGAUUAA